GGCUGGGGCUCAAAACCAUGCCCAGGAACAUACCCCGAAACACAGAGCGGCUGGAACUGAAUGGAAACAAUCUCACACGCAUCAACAGAAAUGACUUUUCUGGACUCAAGUAUCUUCGGGUUUUGCAGCUGAUGGAGAACCAGAUUGGGACUGUGGAGCGCGGCGCGUUUGAUGACAUGAGAGAGCUGGAGAGACUACGUCUGAACAGAAACCAGCUUCACCAGCUUCCAGAGCUCCUGUUUCAGAAGAACGCGGCUCUGUCCAGACUACUGACAACGAGAAGUAAGGAUUGCCCGUCUUGACAGCUCUUUUUUGGCC